AUAUGACACUUUUCAAACGUUUCAAAAAUUGCACCUUUUCUCGCUGAGCACCAAUCCUGGGAUAUAGCUUUUUAAUAAGCCAUGGCUUUCGUGGAGGCUGUGUUACCCCCAGCUGGUAUCCUGGGAAGUGUUAACAAUUUCCAGGAUAUACAAUCUGAAGGUUUCCAGUGGUGGAAGACGGAAGACUGCCCUGAAACUCCAUCUCUGGAGUUCUUGGAGUCGAACCAACCUGAGGCGAUCCAGCAUGUCAAGCAGGAGCAUGAGGAAGCCUAUUGGGAUCUUGACUUUCUCCUAAGAAAUUUUUCUACCUCGGGACGAAAUGCUGGUCUUACUCCAGUUGACCAAGAGGACCAGAUCUCGAUGUCUGCUGUCUGUCAGGCAGAGUCAGUUGAGGAGGAAGUCAGAGAAAAGCUCCCAGGAAGCCCCAAGGUUCCAGAACUUCCUGGUCCCUCAAGCUCGGAAGUCCAGUUCCUGCUAAAAGAGAACUCUGUGAACUGUAACCCGGUUCUACCCAGUUAUAUCCAGGAUAUAACAGAGCCCAAUAAGGGCCUAGUAUUUUCCAACAAUCAGUUGCCACACUUUGCCCAGGGAGAUUCUAUGGCUCUUGUCGCAGCAGGGCAACAGCCCAGGGAGCGCAGACAAAGAUCUCUUGGCCAAUAUUAUCAUUUAACCUGUGAAGCCUAUGUACAGCAAAGUCCUCACUUGCUAGGCAAACAUGUUUCUUACAAUCAGCUUCCACCAGCUGCAGUGGCUUCCCAGCUGCCACAUUGCAGUCAGCUGAAUGGUUACCAUCCUUUCUCCCAUAGUCCAUAUCAAGCCCGAGUUCAAAUGUACCAGACUGAUUCUGUUCUCCAUGCUCUGCCACUCCUUGGUUUCAGGAAACCACCUUCACCUAUUAGAGAAGCCAUAGCCAAGCCAAGGAAGGGACACAAACAAUGGCCCCACAAGCGGCCUGCUAGUCACAUCUGCAGUCAUCCCAGUUGUGGGAAGACAUAUACCAAGAGCUCCCAUCUCAAGGCUCAUCUUCGCACACAUACAGGAGAGAAACCGUAUCACUGCACUUGGGAAGGAUGUGGUUGGAAAUUUGCCCGUUCAGAUGAGCUGACUCGCCAUUAUCGUAAACACACAGGACAGCGUCCAUUCAAGUGUCACCUCUGUCAGCGUGCUUUCUCCCGUUCGGACCACCUCUCUCUGCAUUUGAAGAGACAUGUGUGACAAAUAUAAACAUUUUGGACUUCAAUGGAUGUUCUAACUCACAAGGGAACCUCGUAGUGGGAUAAUGAUUAUGGGCGAAAGGGUCUAUGUUUCCAUUUCCUACAAAGAAGGCACACCUGCCCCUGCCCGGUAGUAUUAGUCAAGAGAAUGUAAUAGAGACUAGUUACCCAGUUGGACUCCCAGAUAGAAGGAUUUUGGAAUCUCAGCUGUGUUACUCUAUCAUUACUACCAUAAAAAUUCAUUUAUAUGAUAACCAUAUUUUGAAACCUAAAUUGGGUAUUUACGUGUCUUUUUCUUCCUACUAAAUAGCAUUCCAGACCACAAAGUUAUUGUCAUCUAUGAUAUAAAAGAACCUUUUGUAUUUCAUUAUCCAUGCAGUAAGGAGGGAUCAUCUUUUCCAUAGUCUAAAACAUUCCUGUAGGUAUGAUCUACUUCUAUUUAAUGCCAGUGAUAUGUGGAAGGGAUCUAAGGCAGCAGUGCAGCCGAAGCAAUUGGUCUAGCGCAUUCUUGGAUAUAUUUUCUGAAUAAAUGAAAUUGGGCUAAGGGCUAGGGUCUAUAACUAGCAGUAUUACAAUGAAUGCAUUGAAGUUUCCAUCAACAGAUCCUGGAAAUGAGUUUUAUUUUUAUCUUCUAUUAGGGUCAAAUGUUGAAGGGGCUGAUAGAGUAGUCCUUUCCCUGGGCUAAAAAAUAAGGGUACAAAGGAGUUCCUUUAUUGGAUCUGGCAUAGUUUCAUAAGUGAAAAAAAUGGGCACGCCUGCACCUAUCAAAUCGUUAUUCCUUUUUCAUAUCCAUCAAACUCAACUAUGAUGCAAAGGAGAACACAGCUCAUUUUGAGCAGUUGUGUGCUGAAGAGUGUAAUUUCUUAUGCAGAUUAGACCAACUGAAAGGCUUGCAUCUUGCAGCUAUUAAAAGACCUCCACUCAAUGUCAAAUGAGCCUUUGGUUCUGUUUAAGUGUGGGUUCACAGUGCUAAGUCAAAAUAUGAGUUGCAUAUUUCUGGCAUAAUGUUAUGCAACCCAGUAGGUGUGACUUCCAUUGCACAUGACUUAGUAUAUUAUGUAUAGUUUAUUCAAUAAACC